CUGCGGCCCCCGUGUCGGGGUGAGCCCACCCCGGGUCUCCUUGUACUGCAGCCCAGGGGCUGCAGCGGGCCAGGGUUCCCUGCUCGCCCGGCCGAGGCCGCCGGGUAGAUGACGUGGACCAGCAGCAUGAGCAGUGGUUACAGCAGCCUGGAGGAGGACACGGAGGACUUCUUCUUCACCGCCAGGACCUCCUUUUUCAGAAGACCCCCCCAGGGCAAGCUCCGCGCCGGCCAGCAAGAUGUUGAGAAAGAGAAGGAAACCCACAAUUAUCUUAGCAAAGAAGAAAUCAAAGAGAAGGUUCACAACUACAAUUUAGCUGUUACAGACAAAUUGAAGAUGACCUUGAAUUCCAAUGGGAUUUACACUGGCUUCAUCAAAGUGCAGAUGGACUUGUGCAGACCUAUCAGUGCAUGGACUUCUCAGAACCCAGAAAAGCAUGCCGCCAAUAAUAAUGGCUGCAUGAAUACUCUUCACAUCAGCAGCACCAACACUGUCCGGGAAGUUAUCGAGGCCUUGCUCAAGAAAUUUCUAGUGUCUGAAAGCCCAGCCAAGUUUGCACUUUAUAAGCGUUGUCACAAGGAAGAUCAAGUUUAUGCGUGCAAGCUCUCAGACCGAGAACACCCCCUCUAUCUGCGUUUGGUAGCAGGACCAAGGACAGAAACUCUGAGCUUUGUUCUGCGUGAACGGGAAACCGGAGAAUGGGAAGCCUUCAGUCUUCCUGAGCUACAGAACUUCUUGCGGAUCCUGGACAAAGAAGAAGAUGAACAGUUGCAGAACCUGAAACGGCGCUAUGCAACUUACAGACACAAACUUGAAAAAGCCCUCGAAGAAACAUGGAAGAUGGAUUAAGCAGCAGCCCCAGAGCACUCAGGAAUAGUGCAGGCUACUUAAAAAGCAAAACAAAACAAAAAUUAAAAAAACCAACGUACUCAGACGUAGCAUGCUCAGUACAAGCGACAAGGCGGCAGCAGGUGUGCUCUAUUAAGUGAGCUGGUUUACAGUUUUGUGAUGACAGGGUACCUCUCCCCGGUUCUUAGAUUAGUCCCAUUCAGCACCAGGUACCUAGUACCUGUGUAAGGGUAAGGUAAGGUAAGCUUGUCACGUUGUGAUACCACCCCAGAAUCCUCUGUUGGUGGGUGGUAUCACCCCUCGGCAGCCUGUGAAACUGUGGUAGAUUGCUAACAGAAAUAUGAAGGAUAGGGUGUGGUUUUCCCUCUACCUUUUUUUUUUUUAAUGAUUUUAUGGUUUUUAGCCCAAGAAUCUACAGAUUGGUUAUUUUUUUAAAAGCUGAAAGAAGAACCCAAUCUGAACAGUUUUAAGCAUCAAACUAUACUGUUUUUCCUAUUGUUAAACAGUUUACAAUUUUGCAUGAAAACGGCCAUGUACAAUGGAAGGUGGCAUAAGGAAGCUAGGGAUUUUUGAGAAAUUUUUGAAGGGUUUUUAAUGCAGUAGACCUAAGGAAAGGAAAGAGUAAGUUAGAAAGAAGGCAUGAGUAGAGACAGGGAUCCUUUGGUGGCCAGCGAUGGAAUUGUGAAGUUUGGUUAUGGUGGAUAAGAGGGAUGUGGACUUUGUUUGUAACUCACUUUUAAAACAAUACAGUUUUAAGGUGUAAGAUGUUAUAUAUAUAUGGGAUGACUUGAUUUCUUGGAGGAGGGGAGAUUUGGGAGAACGGCUAAUGCAAGGGAGCAAAGAAAAAGCUGGCUUGCUCCUGAGAUUGCCAUGAAAACUGAGGAUUAACCACUGUAUCUUAUGAACCCAGGCCUUUGUCUAAGCAGAGCAGUACCCUCAGGUAACUUGGGAUGAGCUACUUACCUGCAUAAAUCCAGUGGGUGUGGAAUGGUAGGUCUGUUUGGUGCGAUAUCUGUAAGGAGACAGACCUAAACCAAGAAAGGCACAGACCCGCUCCCAAGGAGUGGCGAACACUUUGGGGAUGCCCACUGAUGUCUCCUUAGCAUUUUAGAAACCAUGUUGCCAUUUGGUGGCUUCUGUUACGUGAGGUUGUUUCCUAGGAAGGUCUGUCUUUGUCCUUAGCAGAAAAGACUAGAGGAAAUGGACUAUUUCACCUGGUUUCUCAUGAAAAGAAAUAGGGCAGAAGCGGCAUCUGAUUCUAAUUUUCUAGGUUUAUAAGACUGAAGUACUCAAAGCCUUGUGGAGCAUCCAUAGCCAUUUUCUUUUUCCUCUCUCCUUCCCUUCCUCCUUCCCUUUUUCCUUUUCCUCUCUUUUGAAUCUGUGAUGUUCCCAUGCUGAACCAGGAUGUGUUAUGUUGCCAGGUUCUCCCUCCCCUACCCAAGACUGCUUGGCCCCUGGCAGAGUCAAGAGCAUGGAAGGGAAGAGUAAGUAUUUGACUGCUGAUGUAACUGGUAUUCUUACAGAGACAUUGAAACAAAAAUGCUUGAUCCAGCCAACCAAAGAGAUGGAUGGGUGUGCAAUAGAAGCCUUCCUCAAAUCAGGUUCAAGUAACUCCUCGCUCUUGAGUAGCCCUAGCAUAAAUGAUUUAUUCCAGUGGAAACACGGGGGGAAAAAAGAAAAGAAAAGAAAAUUUACUCAAGUUCAAGAGGACCCAUGCUGCCCAUUUUUUGCUCUAGACAUUUAUUAUAAAUUCCCAAGGAAUUGUUAACACUUUAGUGACACCUAAUGGCUUCUUUGCGAAACUCCAAGGUGGUUCAGUCCUGUGCCUCUUACUCUGCAAACUGUGCCUCGUUGUUGCUUCCUUUUCUGAUUUCUAGAUUUUCAGGCUGACUUGAUGAAGAACAAUCAUUUCGUCCUAACCGUUUGUGGAUUAUGCAGUACUACACAAGUGACUGAGACAAUCAUAUCUUCUGAAACUGUUGAGGAAGAGUUUUUUUUUUUUUAAAUGUAGAACGAUAUAAAAUAUGUUUGCCACACCAUGUCUGUUUAGUUUGCAUGAAACUCUGUAGUGCAUGUAUGAGGUUUUAAGUGACAUUACCAACAGACACUUUACUGUAACGUUCAGGGAAUGCUGGUAUUUUCUUGUUAUUAUUCAGACCACAGCCUGGGUUUGAGUAUUCUCUUGGCAACCACCACCUGAUUUUUGACUAACCUGUCCCAUUUUGAUGAGAAGUUUAUUUUUCUUUUUAUUUUAUUUUAUUAUUUUUGAGAAGUUUAUUUUUCAUGAAGCUUUGACUUUUCCUAUUUGAAUGCUCUUAGGAUCUAACAGUGGUAGCUGAUGGGUAUCUGUGAAUUAUCUUUUUUUUUUUUACUUGAAGUAGAUUGUCUGUAAAAUAGGCAUCCUCAUAUUAUAUUAUCCAGAAACCUCAGUGGUUGUUUUAUAUGCACUACAAGUUAUGAUUUGGAAAACUUACUGUAUUGAAAUUUGCAGGUCUAGAAAGACUGAUUUUGUUGUGUUCUCCAGCCCCCAUUCCCCCACAACACUGGUUUACUGCAGCAGCUUUUAAAUGUUUGAAAAAAGAAUUUUUUUUAAAGGUCAGAUCUAGCCAAAGAAAUGUUUUGAGUUUAUUUUUUACCAGUUUCUAUAUUAAAUGACCUAAGCUUUGCUGUAGUGUUGUUGAUGCUCAGUGUGUGAUGGUACAGGAAAGAGGUUGAAAUGAGGUGGUGGUAAUGCAGGGAAGCAUUUUAAAUUGUAAAAGUAAAAAAGUUUUUUUUUUUUUUAAAGUUAUACUAUUUAUAAUUUUGACAAGUUUAAUUUUAUUUUUAUAGGGAAAACACUUUCCCCUUAAAAUUGUUUCUGAAAUGGCAAAUUGUGGUUCCACUUAUUAAAGUUGCAGUUGUUGUUUGUA